AAGUAAAUGUUAAUGCUGUCCAUGCAUUUUGAGCUGAAGCAAGCAUUGGGGGCGGGGUUAGAGUUUUUAGAAAGAAGACGUUAUUCAGUUCACCUUUUUGUGCCUUUUUUGUUUUUCUCCUCAGUUCACUAUUUUACUUUGCUUCCUGUUCCCUGUCUCUUCUGUCGGUUCACCCUCAUAUCAUUCUUUUACCCUACUGCUUUUAACCUCCCUACCCUCCUCUCUCCUCUCCCUUGGUGCUGGCUUUAGCUGAUUAGAGUGGCCCUGCUUGCUUUGAUUAAUUGGAUGAGUCUUGUCUCCAUGCCAGACUCCUCUUCUCUCCUCUCCUCAUAUAGAAGCGGCUAAAACAAACACAGGGCUUUUAAUGGUGGAGCUGACUUCAGGAAAGCGUGGAGCCAUCUCUCCCUGCUCACCCUGUCAACCUCCACAAUGUUUUAACCCGUCCUUCAGGCCUCAAUAACAAAAACAACAGCCCAUUCCAUCUCUAUGGCUCUUUCUCCCAACUCAUUUGUCUCCUCUCCAUCACUUUCUUUCUGUCAUCCUCCCCAUUUCCUCCCUCCAUACUUGCCAUUCUGCUGCCUAUAACUGAAUUCCCACUUCAAAAGCUCGUCUCUGAAAGGUCUCUAUAGGCCCCCCGUGGCUCCUCAUCUUUCUUCUUUUGCUCUUUUCCCCGUCUCCCUCGUUUUCUUGUUUUCAUUCAAUCUGCUGUGCCCCUAGCACCGCCACGGCAGAAGCCACACACACACAAAAUGACACACACAAAACCCAUUGUACCACAGACGAGUGAAUGGCUGCCCUGGGAAAGUCAAAUGCCCCGUUAUUCAACCCCAGCAAAUACAAUGUCUGGAAAUGCAGUGCCAACCACAGAGCUGAGGCUUUCUCAGAAAUGCAGACAAUCACACCAGCUAACAGCUUUUGUUUUUCGCUCGGUCCUUCUUCCUUUCUUUACAGCUGAAAGUCGGAAAAUGCUAAGGAGGCUGUGUGUUUGUGUGUGUGUGUGUCUGUGUGUGUCUGUUUGAUAAUGCUAACCAGGAAUGAUGAACUCUAUGCGAUGUGGAAGAAUAAACAGGCAAAAUAACUCUAUAACAGCGCGACGCUUCAUUUUGUAAAAACACUACAUGAUGAAUGACUUUGGUUCUGCUUUGUUGAGGCUAAACUGUACACGCCCUGUUCUUGUGAUCACUGAGGCUGAACAGUUACUUUUUUUGUGUGAUUAUCUCCUGCAUGUUGUUGUGCUCGGCUGGGGGAAGGGAGGUUUGUUACACUGUAUGAAUAUGUCGAUGUUUUUGGGUUCCAGUAUAGCACAGGAAUAACACAAUGCAUGACGACGGCCUGGCUGUGAGCCCGGUGCAGGGUGGUGAUGAGCAGUCAGGGCAGCGGCAGCAGGGGAAGUGACCAGCACGCGGACACUCCUCCCCCUCGUCACGCCCCUGGACCCAAGCUGCAGGUGCAGCGCUCCCUCUCUCGUGACACCAUCACCAUCCACUUCUCUGCGCUGGGGAAGGAGGAGGACGAUGAGGACGAGGAGCUUUACGGGGUUCCGGUCGGAGCUAACUCUGGGCUGGAAGGGGCAGAGGCACUGCAAGGUCAAGCAACCGCUGGGGCUGAUGAACAGUCUGUCACGGCAGGCUUGGAGGCAAAGGAGGAGCUGCUGUUUGAAUCCACGGGAGAGGAAUCCUUCUCUGGAGCUGCUGUGCUCCCCGUUUCAUCUACCACCCUCCCUGUGCAACCCUCCGACCCUCACCCACACACACCCUCUGCAGCCAUGACUAUAAUCCCCACCUCCACCCACUCCCACCUGAGCUCCAGCCCACCCACCAGCUCCUCAUGGCCCUCUGACCGACCCACGGCUAACCCUUCAUCAACAAGCUCCAGCUCCUCCUCCCCUUGUAAGUCUGCAGCACUGCCGUCCUCCAAGCCUUUCCUCAGCCUGGUCAGGUCUUUGUCCAAUGAAGUUGAAUCUCGAGAAUCCACCCCUGCCACCACUGCCGCACAACCCCACGCACGGCACCGCCACUUAAUGAAAUCCUUUGUUAAGUCUCUGUCCACAGACACUUCAAAAGCCGAACACCAAGAAGGGCCUCUUCAUCACUAUCUUCAUCAGCAACAGCAGCAAACACAGCCAUCGCACCGGCCUCCACCUCGCAACAUGCAGCUCUUCAAGCAGUUCUCCCAGCCCCGUUUAUCCUCCACCCCUGUAAUUGUCACCAAAGUAGGCGGAGACUCCAAAACAGCCCCUUCUUCCCCAAUCAUGUCUCCGGAUGGAAGGUCUUUCUUCAAGGUCCAAGAGGUGGAGGCCAAGAUAGAAGACACCAAGCGGCGGCUGUCAGAGGUGAUGUCAGACCCCCUGCAGCUUUUUAGUAAGAUCAUCGGGGAUGAGUCUAGCGUGGGAGCUGGUGGAAGUGUCACUCAUCGCGCCAAAUUCCUGUCCUCCAGUGCAUCAGAGCUCAGCGGUGGUACGGCAAUGAACGGACAUGCAGAGGGUAACAGCAGUUACAGCAUCAAAGAGGAGGAAGGGACAGAAGGGGAUGAAGAGGAAGAAACACCCACAGGAAAGGGCCCAGACUCUGUCUUUUUCUCCUUUCCAUCACUGACACCAGCUCCAGCCCUCAGCCAGGCCUCCUCGUCCACUCUCCACAAGUCCUCUUCUCUCACUCUGGGCCGCUGCUCCAUGUCAGCCCUGGUAGCACGACAGGAAGACGAGGACUUCUGUGAACUGUACAGUGAGGACUUUGAGUUAUGUACUGAUACAGAGACACCAGACGGGGAUCGUCCUGGCUCCCGGCAGCCGCACACCGGUAGUGCUGGUUUGUGCAGUGAACUUGAUAUGGAGGAGGAGAAAGCAGAGGAGGAGGAGGUUGACACUGUGCCUGUGAACGGCCUUGUCUUCUUAACACAGUUCAUGUACUGGUACUUAGUCCUUCCAGUGCCACCCUGCGUAUGUGCAGUGGUGCAUGGGAUAGCAGCUGGGUUCAUGUUGGCCUUGCUGGUCCUUUGGCUGUCCUGUCCCCGGCGCUCCUCAUCGGGCAUGAGAAGAGGGAGGGGAAGGAUAGGGAACUGGAACGUGGCCCAGUUGGAUAUAAAAGAACCAGGAAUAUUCAAGGGCUGGAUGAAUGAGAUCCACAGCUAUGACCCGGAGAUGUACCAUGCCACCCUGACCCACUCCGUUUACGUCCGUCUCGAGGGCUCAGUCUUGCGUCUGUCCAAGCCCAACCGGAACAUCUCCCGCCGCGCCGCACACAAUGAGCCCAAACCCGACGUCACCUACAUCAGCCAGAAGAUCUAUGACUUGACUGACAGCAAGAUCUACCUGAUGCCCCAGAGCUUGGCGAGGAAGAGAGUUUGGAAUAAAAAGUACCCUAUUUGCAUUGAGUUGGCCAAGCAGGAGGACUUCAUGUCCAAGGCCCAGGGAGAGAAGCCUGAAGGUGGGGAGGACAAAUUAACAGGGCCGGGUGAGAAGCUGGACAGAACGGACAAAUGCGAGAAAGCUGAAGGAUCAGCAUCAGCGGAGGAAUCCAAGAUAUCGGCCUCUGGAGGAGGGGACCUGACAAUCUACCUGUUUGGGAGGACGGGUCGGGAAAAGGAAGAGUGGUUCCGGAGAUUUCUCAUAGCGUCGCGGACAAAGUCAGAUGGGAGAAGUGGCAGUCUGCCCGGCAUCUGCAAGAGUGCCUUCCUGCUCUCCCACAGCCGCAGUAGCAGCACCCAGUCUGGCGGAGGCCAGGAGGCUGACAGCAGGAGCAGCAGCCGGGGAAGCCUGGAGGAGCUCUCGCAGUCUCGUGCCAGAGAGAUCUCCUCAGCUCUCUCGGGUGGCUCUGCAGGAGCGAUGAAGCAGAAGAUGCUGUUGGAGUAUAAUGUCUACAUGGCCAAAUAUGUCAACCCCCAGGCACCACAGAGAAGCCCAGCUGCCACUGACAGCCCCGGGAACAGCCCCGAGAGCAGCCCCGAAACUACCAAAAAGUUACGCAGGAGUUCAGAGGAGACCGUGGAGCCUGAGGCCUGGGUCAACGCUUUUCUGGGAAGGAUAUUUUGGGACUUCCUAGGAGAGAAGUACUGGGCCGAUGUAGUCUCCAAAAAGAUCCAAAUGAAGUUAAGCAAAAUCAGGCUGCCGUAUGUUAUGAAUGAGUUGACUUUGACAGAGCUCGACAUGGGCCUUUCCAUCCCGAAGGUCCUCCGUGCCUCCAAACCGUCUGUGGACCACCAAGGUCUGUGGUUCGAUAUGGAGGUCUCCUACACGGGCUCCUUCCUCAUGACCCUGGAGACCAAGAUGAACCUGGCCCGUCUGGGGAAAGAGGGCGAGGGACUUGGGGAGCACGGGAAAGAAUGGCCCAGGCCACGGACAUACUGUCUGGCAGACAGCGAUGAGGAGUCGUCAAGCGCUGGCUCAUCGGAUGAGGAGGAUCCCCAGGAACUCCUCAGUGACAGACCUAUUCUGCCCGGCGGCGAGGGCUUUGUGGGAGGCCACAGGCCAAGCAAGAUCAUGCGCUUUGUGGACAAGAUAGCCAAGUCGAAGUACUUCCAGAAAGCCACAGAGACAGAGUUCAUCAAAAAGAAGAUGGAGGAGGUGUCCAACACACCCCUGCUGCUCACUGUGGAGGUGCAAGAGUGCCGUGGGACGCUGGCUGUCAACAUCCCACCUCCCCCGACGGACAGGAUAUGGUAUGGCUUCCGGAGUCCGCCUCACCUGGAGCUGAAAGCACGGCCUAAACUUGGCGAGAGGGAGGUCACUCUAGUUCACGUGACCGACUGGAUAGAGAAGAAACUGGAUCAGGAGUUCCAGAAAAUAUUUGUGAUGCCGAACAUGGAUGACUUAUGGCUACCCAUAAUGCACUCUGCCAUGGACACGCGUUCAAAUGCCAACUUGGUUACUGUGACAAAUGAUGCCUUGAAGGACCCUGAACCCGACGAGUCUGAGGUCUCGGACAUGUGAAGACUGCUUGUUCAAUGACGAUGGACAUUUUUAUCACCGUGCCAAUAUGACAAGUCCCCUGCCCCUCAGAAACCACGGAUGCAGCCAUGGGCCGUGGGCCAGCUCUCCAAUAUUUUCACCUGAAUCCCAGUCCCAUUGCCGCACCAGUCUGUGGCCAUUCAUUAAGCACACACGGAGAAGUGCUGCCGAGCUCGCAGUCAACUGUGGCCACCAAAAGCAGAACAAAAGAAUUGUUUUAUUUGUGUGACAUCAUGUGAUUCAUUUUCUGAUGAAAAUACGUGCAGAGACUGUGUAACAAAUCGAGCGUGGCGGUGGAUCGACAAAUAGCCAUCUGAUUCUACCAGAAGAACCAUAAUACCUGUGAUGUACAGCUGCACCAAACGUGGUAGUUGUACAGUGUAAACUGUUUGUGCAACCUCUCUAACCGGGCGGUUUAUUUAUUGUUGCUUGAAUUCUACAAGAACUUCUGAGGCCAUUUGAUGAAGUUUGUGAGUCUGAUUGAGGAAAUAAUCCUAAAAUGUAGAGAUGACUUUGCUGAAAGCCCCUUCGUCUAUUAACUACACAUUUCACAGGGGUAUCAGGACUCAUUUUUUCACCCAUCCACACUGCUGCCUGUGCCAGCCGCCUGGCACAUACUAUAUGCAAACAGAUCAAUGGCGCUGUGUCCAUCGAAGUCAGUUAAAAGCCACCGUGGACACUUUAUCAUGACGUACAGCCUGUGUGCUUUUUAGUGUGUGGUAGGGAUUAGAGCUCAAACUGACUUUAGUGGGGUGAAUUAAAGUGUAUCAGCAAACAGCAGCUAAACAUUGCCUAGGUCUGAUGAAUGUAUAAAUAGGAAUGCAGCGCCCUGGCUCAUUCAAGGAAAAGCUCAUUCACUGACAACGUGCUUCUACGCAACAUGCUUCGAGACUUCUUUUUGUGUUCUAUUCAGAGGUGAGUGAAAAUAAUGUUGUGGUUUUUCUUGCCAAAGCAAUCUUUCAGUCCAGUUUGAAGGGAACUGUGUGAGGUAAACAGUGACAAAUAAGCAAUUGAUUGAUUACCCUGUGCCCCCACUGAGGCCACACCAGUGAUAUACACUUGAAGUUUGGAUAAUUGUAGCUGGAACUUCAUAAGACAGGUUUUUUUUUUGGAGGGAGCAGCAAGAGACAAACUCUUUCAUAGUCAUAACGGCCAUUUUUAAGUCAUAAACUCUCUUCCUGUUUUAUUUGAAUAGGUAACAUACUGAUAUUAGCCAUAUAAUUUUAUGUUGUCAGCAGACAUCCAGCUAAUGAAUGCUUUAAAUUAUUUAUUGAUUCGCUGUUAUUUAUGUACUAUAAACAUUUAAGAGGAAUAACUCCAAUAAACUACAUUUGUGAUCUGCCAAGACGCCCGGCUGCUUUACAGGGGACUUUUACUUUACAUGUUUUACAUUAAAAUGUGUGUUGGCAAAGUGUAGAGGCAGAAAGUGCCUUUAAAAUAAAAACAUUCCUCCAUUGUGAGCCACCACAUUUGUUACAUUGGAUGAGGAUAGAGAUGACAGAGAAAAAAAAAUAUAUUUGUGCCAUUACUAGUCUGUUAAAGACGUGCCCUGUUUUCACAAGUUUCGGUGUUGUUCAUUUUUCAGUGAUGAAAAUAUCAAACAUUGCUGUUGUGUUCAGUGAUGUCACAGAAUGUGAUGGUUCUGAUCAUUGUGGAUCAAUAAAACCUUUUGCUUGUAAAGAA